AGUUGAACGUCAAGUGAGGAGGUUAUAAGACGGGUUUUCAGCUUCCUCGAGGUACGGAGGAAUUUCCCACAAAUACAUAUCCAAUUGUCAGACUUUUCUUAUACCGAAUUCUUCUUUCUAUCAAUUCACGCGCAACAGGGAUUUCUUUACCACAAAUCUCCUCCUCAAUCUUUAAGGAAUAUUAAGUGUUGUGCUUUUGCUUUCCUUAAAAAGGAUUUUUCAAAAUUGUGGUGACUAAAAAUUUUUCCACUGAAAAUUUCUACUAAAUGGUGAAAGUGUGCGCGAGAGAGGAAAAGUCGUAAAAUAUAUAGCGUCACACAGACACGAAAUUUGUGCUUUUAGUGCAGUUCCUUAUGUGUUGUAAUUUAUAUUUAAACUCGAUGUGCCUGGUCCGUCCAAGUGGAUCCGUCCGGACGCCACUCUGACUUGCUCCACAUUUGUGACGCCUAUCUAAAUGAAGUGCAUAUCAACGACGCGCGGAAGCACCCGUGUGGUACACAACACACAUGGUAUAAAUUCCUCAAAGGGCGGCAAAACUGCCCAUGAAUUGCGCGCUUAAAUCGUCAGUAAAUUUUUACCUCCAACACAUCCGAACAUAGCACACGCGAGAAGCUUUCAUCCACCAUUGUGUCUUAUUCUGGCUAUUUUUGCUGUUGAUGUGAGAAUUUCAAUUAAAAUUUGCGGUCAGAAAACACAAAACUCUGGGAGUGUGAGAAACAUUUGUAUUGCUUGGCAUUUGGCCGCGAAAGACAAGGAGCCGGUACACGGGGGAGGAGACAAUUAAAGCUCUCUCUCUCUCUCUGCAAAAUUCUGCGUCUCCCGUUGAUGUGGAAUUUUGAGAAUUCGGUCACACAUCGUGAGGAGGAUGCACCACAUCCAAUUGCAACAGUCUUGAUGAGCUGAAAGAGGGUUACAAACGACAUGAAUGCAAAUCGCAAGAAUAUCGGACACAUCCACCGAAUCCGGGAGUUUGAACUCGAAAAGGUGUGCCUUGCGGAUGAAUUUGACAUCUUGCAAAUCGUCGGAGAGGGAUGGUUCGGCAAGAUCCUGCUGGUGGAACACAAAGCCAGCGACACGGAAAUGGUUCUGAAGGCACUGCCAAAGCCCUAUGUCAGUCUCCGGGAUUUCUAUCGUGAAUUCCACUAUGGACUGCACCUUGGGGCGCACAAGAAUAUCGUCACGACCUACGAUGUGGCAUUCGAGACGGCUGGUUUCUACGUCUUCACGCAGGAAUACGCCCCACUGGGGGAUCUCACGUCCAAUGUGUCCGACACGGGUAUUGGGGAGAUUCACUCCAAGAAGGUUGCCAAGCAAAUUGCCUCAGCACUCGACUACAUGCACUCCAGAGACAUUGUCCAUCGGGACGUGAAGCUGGACAAUGUGCUUGUCUUCAGAUCGGACUUUUCGCGCGUAAAACUUUGCGACUUUGGUGAAUCCCGCAGAUUCCAUGCGAGUGUUCAGCGACGCAACGAAUGGCUAGCAUACAGUCCACCAGAAGUCCUGGCCAUACGCACUGAUGAUUCUUACAAGACGGAUCCGUCGCACGAUGUUUGGCAAUUUGGCAUUGUUGUCUUUGUUUGCCUCACGGGAUGCCUUCCGUGGCAGAAAGCCGCCCAAGAUGACCCCCGCUACGUGCGCUACUUUGCAUGGCACACAUCCAAUUUGGCAUUUCCCAUUAAAAGACAGCCGAAGCUCUUUAAACUCGUGUCGGCGCGCGCUAGCAAGAUGUUCCGCAAAUUCCUGGAGCCACGCCAGGAGAGGCGACCAAAGAGUCUCAGUGAACUCACCAAGUACCUCGAUGAUCGAUGGCUUGCCAAAGGGGCUGAGAAGGAAAUUUCAUCAAAUGAACCGGAUGAGCUCUGCCCGUCAAUGUACUCCUUCCACAGCAGCCCUGAAGAGAAGAAUAAACUCCUUUACGCCCUGGCGGAAGCAGGGAUCGAAACAACGGUUGAUCGUGUUGCGAAGAAAGCUCGCAUACGUGAUUGGAUUCAAUCAUCCGUAAUUACAGAGGAGGACGAAGAGGAUGAUUCUGGAACUAAUACACCUUCAUCCACAAUGUCCAGAACACCCGUAGCUGGACAUGUGUCUUCCGUGCAGGCUGAGGAGCAGCGUGAGCAGAAGUACCAUACAACAAUUAAGGACUCCUCGAGAAAGCACAUGGAUCCCCGCACAGGAGCUGUUCACAGUGGUCCAAGUGAAAUGGGCGUCAACAACCAAGAAUCUCCUGCUGUGGCUAACCCAAACAACGCCGCUGAAUCUCGUGUGAAUGGAAAUCAUGCAGAAGUUGACAGGAGGAUGUCUGUAGCAUCAACAGGAUCCACAAUGCAGCAGACAAUGGUUAAUGCACGCUUGGAAUUCCCCAUGAAGGGUCCAAAUAGCAACAUCAAGACCUUCAAUGAGACACAAAACUACUCCUCACGCUCAAUAAUCAAUAAUGAUCGUGGUGUGAUCUCCAAGGGGAUCAUGUCAACUAUACGUUCAAUUGCUCAUGUAACUGUACCCGAACUUGCCAACUCUAUGACUGGAAGAAAUGCAGAUAGAGGUGAAAAGGUUGCCCAACAGCAGCCACGUACCCCACCUGUUGCUGUUAAACGAUCCUCUCAGCGAUCUUCUGAUUCCGGAGGAUCACUCAUGAUGAAUAAUUCAUCAUCAAGCAAAGAUCACAGCCCAUUUGAUUCAGAUGACAUUGAGAGCUCACGCGGAUCAACGGGAUUUGUGAAUCUCGUGGGACCUUCAGCAGCAGGAGUUGUGACCUCAAUGAAGGAUACCCCGUACGAUCGUAUUGUGUCCAAGACAAAAAAGAAAUGACCUGAACUCAGAACUUCAGGUAUCUUUCACACAUUAAUUUAUCAAUAAGCAUAAGAAGAUAUUAAUAAAGGAUGUUCCAAUGAAA